CAGAGCUCAGCGCAUCUGCCGUGACUUGUUCAUUCUACCGUGGCAGCAUGUGGCGGCUGCUGUCCCCGACAGCCCUGCUCCUUCUGGUUUCUGCUGGCACGCGAGCUGCAGACCUCUCAAAGGCCAUGGUGGUCCUAGAACCUGAAUGGAACAGGGUACUCGUCUCGGACAGUGUGAUUCUGACGUGCCAGGGGGCCUACCCCCCUGGGGACAAUUCCGCACAGUGGUGGCACAACGAGAGCGUCAUCCCCCAUCGGGCCCCCAGCUACUCCAUCGAAGCUGCCAGAAGUGAAGACAGUGGCGAGUAUAAGUGCCAGACGGGCCUCUCCGAAGCCAGCGACCCGGUUCAGCUAGAAGUGCACACUGGGUGGCUGCUGCUUCAGGCCCCCCGCUGGGUGUUCCAGGAGGGAGACACCGUCCAGCUGAGGUGCCACAGCUGGAAGAACAGGGCGGUACAGAAGGUUCAAUAUUUCCAGGACGGAAGGGGCAAGAUGUUUUUCCAUAGGAAUUCCGACUUCUACAUUCCAAAAGCAACGAGCAAACACAGUGGCUCCUACUUCUGCAGGGGGCUUAUCGGGAGUAAAAAUGAGUCAUCAGAGGCUGUGAACAUCACGGUUCAAGGUCCGCCAGUUCCCUCCACCUCAACGUUCCUUCCACAUUGGUACCAAAUCGCUUUCUUCCUGGUGACAGCACUCCUAUUUGUGGUGGACACAGGGCUGCAUGUGGCUGUGCAGAGAGACCUUCAGAGCUCCGUGAAGAAGUGGAAGGACGGCAAAGUCACGUGGAGCCAGGGCCCGUAGGACAAACAGGGGCAAUAAAAUCGGCACCCCCGAACCUCUCUCUGGAUUCACAACCCCGUCGUCCCCAACAGGCAGCUCUGGGGGCAGCGUCCAGGCUGAGGGCCCCUCACCCCACUCCAUUUUCUCUCAGUCUCCGCUGGGAAGGCAGGGCUGGCGACCAGUUAAUGGUCAACUCCAUCCACGCAAUUGCUCACACCGGAAGGCAGGGCUGGCGACCUUCAGGUGCCCACAGUGAUGCCCCAGUGAGUAGCCGCAUCCCUCAGAACUGAAGUCUCAGAGCCACACAGAUGCUCUCUCUGCACGACUGCCCUGUCACAGCAACGCGACAAUGCAGAAUCUGGAUGGUGACCUAACAUGCGAACGUUGUUCUUAAAUAACCGAAUAUGUAGGUAAGAGAAUUAUGGCCGAGGGCCAGCUGGCUGAUGGUCUACAUUUGUUGUGAGGCACACUAAAGCUCCUUCCAGACAGAUCGUGGGGGCUGUGGAGGGUCUAGGGGAGACGGCAGAACCAGUGAAGCGGGUGACUGAGAAAGAGCACGGCAGUCCAGGACAGAUCAGAGAAGACCCCUGUCUUCCUAGGAUAUGAGCCAUGGUGUGGGUGGCAGAAAGAUCACAGGGGUGGUAUAGAAUUGAGUUUUUCAGGGGGGGCCCAUGCCAGAAUCGGGAUGGUCUGUGAGUAUAUAAUGAUGGACCCUCUUGAUGUCAUGAGUCGAAGAUGGUCCUGGAAGGACGUUGGGGAUUGGAGGGUGUUGGAAAAGAAAGCACACAACAAUCCCUACGUCCGCAGGAAGGAGGGCAGCAUGGCUGUCCCAGAUUGAGCUCAGUGAGCAGAGCUAUCUCGGGUCUGAACGGAGAAAACAUGGCAGGAAAGAGUCCACUACAGCUGCUCAGGAGGCAGGACACUUGGCCAGGAUAAGCCACAGUCAGAGAGAGGAGAGGCAGGGAACAGCGAACCAGCUUUCUGCUUCAGUAUCUAAUUCAGGUGCAGUUUUGUUUACAUCACUCACCAAACAAACCUUGGCUAAGCGAUACUCUAUGCACUAAGGUCUGCUGAGUUAAGCUAGGACAGUUGGAAAUCCCUCCGCCUGUCAGUGACAAUGAGUAAGGGUGGGGUCACCAGCAUUGCUUGUGGAAGAAAGCUUAGCGAUCUUAUUUCUUUGUACGAGCUUUAAGCACAUUUCUUGAUUCCAAUAAAGCAUUUUGCAAGAUUUUGUGUGCUACUCUCAGCCAGAAGAUGGAAAAACCGUGGUAAGAAGACCUGAUAAUAAAAACCCAUUUUCC